AUGAAUGAAAGGCUUAUGGUGAAUGCUCCAGCUGAGAGCAUCGGUGUGGCCCAGCCAAAAGGGUGGAUGAAUAGUGACUUUUUUUUGCAAUAUCUAAGAAUAUUCGUCAAACACACGCAACCAACUAAAGAGAACCCUGUGCUGCUUCUAAUGGAUGGCCAUUGCAGCCACAAGACAUUGGCGGUAAUCAAUUUUUGCAGAGAAAAUCAUAUUCACUUGAUGAGUUCACCACCACACACUACGCACAAGCUCCAGCCUCUGGACAGGACAUUUAUGAAGCCAUUUAAAGAUGCAUACAGCCAACGAUGCGACUUGUGGAUAAGAACAAAUGCUGGAUGUCGGAUAACGGAUUACGACAUUGCUGGUUUGGUCAAAGAAGCAUUUAUAAAAGUAGCUCGAUUGGAUAUUGCAGUAUCUGGAUUCAAAUGCACUGGAAUCCAUCCAUUUGACAGACAUUUAUUUUCUGACCUAGAUUAUUUGGCUGCAGUUAUGACCAAUAUACCACUAGAACAAACAGAAACUUCAUCGAAUGCACUAAACAACGAACAAGCUGUCGUGAUAUCAAACUUAAUCAUAGAAGAGCAAAUAAAAGAAUCUGAACAAUCUAUUAGUGAGCCUAUAACCACAAGUCCCAAACCGUCGACAAGUACUGCUCCCGAUCUUGUUCAGAUAAUCCAUAACUUAUCACCGUUGCCUGACGCAGCAAAAAAACGAACAGCAGCUCGAAAAAGAAAGAGUGAACGAAGUGAAAUUUUAACUUCAUCGCCAUACAAAAAAGUGGCAGAAGAAAAAGAAAAUGAAAAGAACAUGAAAGACAAAAAGAAGGAAAUAAAAUCUAAGUUUAAAGUAGCAAUGGGAGGUAAAGGAAAGCAAACCAAACGAAUUAAAACCAAAGGAAAGAGCGUAGACAAGGGAAAAGAAGCGACAAACGUGAGACCUAAAGGAAAGAAAGGAAGUGAAGUAGAACCAUUAACUGAAACAUCUAACACAAACAUAACAAUUUGCGUAGUUUGCUUAGAAGACACUGACGAAGACUGGAUCCAGUGCUCAUCCUGUCGUGGGUGGGUACAUGAAGCAUGUGCAGACAUUCCAGAGUGUGGUGAUGGCUUCAUAUGUGAUCGAUGCAGGUUAUUUUGA